GCGUGUUUACGAAAAAUUGGUGUUUACUUGUUGAACAAUCAUUGUCAAUUGUGAUUUUUGUUUUUUGAAUUAAUAUUUUUGAUUUGUUACAAGACAAUCAUGAAACGACGAGCAUCAACUGAGUUAGAGGAUGAUGGUGUUGGCCCAUUGAAAACCAGAUGUGAAGUAUAUCGCGAAACUAAUUCAAUCGGUAUCCAAAACGAGAAUUUUAAACAAGCUGAUGACAAUGGGGCAGUUAAUGAUGCAACGUUAGCAUCAACAUCAAAUGGGCUUGUGCUUCCUGCUUUUCCUAGGCUUAUGCCUAAAGAGUCUACGAAGGAAGAAUUUUCGAUGGCCUUUGCUAUGGCAUCAGGUAUGGGCUCAUUAUUGGACUUGAAACGCGAAGGAUUCAAUAAAGAAAUGAUAACUCCCAAGUUAUCAGCUAGAUACGGUAUUGCAACAAUCUAUACACACAAAAAUGAUAAGGUAGCGAAACACAAUUGUAAGGAAACACUUGAUGUAACUUACCGUGAUGUUCAACACUUAUAUGGUGAUCUGGUCAAGUUCUCUGAAGAACAUUGGAAUGGAUUAAAUUGUCAAGAACGUUUUAUGCUGGCAGGUCAAUUGUACACCAAAGAAAAUUACUCAAAAUCUGAUUACACAUUUCAAAUGGACUUUUCUUUCGCAUUGGCUCGUUUUAUGUUGGCAUGCAUUGGCAAAAAACCCAGUGAAGGGUGUUGUCGACUCAUUACUACCAUGAGUGAAGCUAGUCAAGAGUUCUCAUUUACCACUGAUGAAAUGAAUUGCUGGAGAGAUGUACAUGCUCUGAGUCAAUCUGAUAAAAUGGCUAUAUUUACGAAUUUGAUUGAAAGGAAAUCAGAUUUUAAUCAACUUUUUCAAAUUUUAUUUGAACGUCUCAGUACAUAUGGAUGGUCUUCACUGCAUGUAGUGCAAGAAGCUAUGGAAAAGUUGCCGUAUAUACCUUGGCCUGAUCUCACUCAACGAUGGUUUAGUGGUCAAUUGGAAAAGUUUCAACAAGCAUCCCUAGCAUUCAAAAAAUCAAAAUUUCCUGCUCUUGAAACGGAACUUUUAAGUAAACAUGGUGCUAUCCAUUAUAGAGAAUUAGCAGCAUUCUGUGCGAAAUUAUUGAAAAGGAAAGGCUUCAACAGACAUAUUGCUCGACACGCUGGUUUGAGAUCUAUCCGAUUAACACAGCAACAGCUCACUUUUAUUGAAAAAAUAGCUGCUGUGAUUCCUGAGCCCAUUGGCCUGAACGAAAGUAUUUUGCGUGCUAUCAAUGGAAUGCGUGGUAUUGAAAUGUCUGAUAGUGAAAUUACAGAAUUCAUAGCUCGUAGUCAAAAGGCAUGUGAAGAAUUACAUGAACGGAUUUAUGGACCCAAUUGGAAAACACUAUCCGAGCAGGCCAGUAUAGCAUUGCAGGAAUCAACCUCACUUGAACAACCUGAAUAAUUAACAUGAUAAACAGUUUCAAUACUGAUACAUUAUUCCUUUUCCAAACAAUUUUUAAACUAUUUUUGAAAUAAAAAACUUUGUAUUCAA